GUCGCCGUCUCUGUUGGACCUGCUGGAGCUUUCGAGGUUCUGAUCUGUUCCAUUUUUUUUUGUUUGGGUUCAAAUCCAGACUCUCCGCUUCGGUCUCUGAAUCGGUUAUUGAUAAACAAAUACCGAGAGGAUUUAGUUCAUCUACAAGCAAACACCGGAAAUCGUUCAGUAAAGCGAAAGUUGAGAGUCGAGAUGAGUGUGGAGGCGUACGGGCCGAGCUCCCAGACCCUCACCUUCUUAGACACCGAGGAAGCGGAGUUGCUCGGAGCGGAUACCCAGGGCUCCGAGUACGAUUUCACCGAUUUCACCCUACCCAGCCAAACGCAAACUCAAGGCCAGACCCAGAGCCAACUGGACAGCCAGGUAAAUGGUCCUGAUGAGGGUCUUCACAACGGUGGAGUGGAUGACUCCGUGGCCAAAGCCAGUCAGCUGCUGGCCGAGCUCAACUUUGAGGAGGAUGAAGAAGACACGUACUACACCAAAGACCUGCCUUUGCACGCAUGCAGCUACUGUGGUAUCCACGAUCCAGCAUGCGUGGUGUACUGCAAUACCAGCAAGAAGUGGUUCUGUAAUGGACGUGGCAACACAUCUGGCAGCCACAUUGUGAACCACUUGGUGAGAGCCAAAUGCAAAGAGGUGACGCUGCAUAAAGAUGGGCCGCUGGGUGAGACAGUGCUGGAGUGUUACAACUGUGGCUGUCGCAACGUCUUCCUCCUGGGCUUCAUCCCAGCCAAGGCUGAUUCUGUGGUGGUGUUACUCUGCAGGCAGCCAUGUGCCAGCCAGAGUAGCUUAAAAGACAUCAACUGGGACAGCUCGCAGUGGCAGCCACUGAUCCAGGAUCGCUGCUUUUUGUCCUGGCUGGUGAAGAUCCCAUCAGAGCAGGAGCAGCUUCGAGCACGUCAAAUCACCGCCCAGCAGAUCAACAAGCUGGAGGAGCUCUGGAAGGACAAUCCCACUGCCACCUUGGAGGACCUCGAGAAACCUGGCGUGGAUGAGGAACCCCAGCAUGUGCUGCUGCGCUACGAGGAUGCCUACCAGUACCAAAACAUCUUUGGCCCUUUGGUCAAACUGGAGGCUGACUACGACAAGAAGCUUAAGGAGUCCCAGACCCAAGACAAUAUAACAGUCAGGUGGGACCUGGGGCUGAAUAAAAAGCGGAUUGCCUAUUUCACACUGCCCAAGACGGAUUCAGGUGGUAAUUCUCUGAGCUUGCCUUCCUCUCCAUGGUUCCGUGAUAUGCGGCUGAUGCAAGGUGAUGAAAUCUGCCUGCGAUACAAGGGAGACCUGGCCCCACUGUGGAAAGGCAUUGGACAUGUCAUCAAAGUCCCUGACAACUAUGGGGAUGAAAUUGCCAUCGAGUUGCGGAGCAGUGUUGGGGCUCCUGUGGAAAUCCCCCACAACUUCCAGGUGGACUUUGUGUGGAAGUCCACUUCCUUUGACAGGAUGCAAAGCGCCCUGAAGACGUUUGCAGUGGACGAGACCUCCGUGUCUGGCUACAUUUACCACAAACUGCUGGGCCAUGAGGUGGAGGAUGUCACCAUCAAGUGCCAGCUGCCAAAGCGCUUCACUGCUCAGGGCCUGCCUGACCUCAAUCACUCACAGGUGUACGCUGUGAAGACAGUGCUGCAGAGGCCGCUCAGUCUGAUUCAGGGUCCUCCCGGUACUGGGAAGACUGUCACUUCUGCCACUAUCGUUUACCACCUGUCCCGACAGGGCAACGGCCCAGUUCUGGUGUGUGCUCCCAGUAACAUUGCUGUGGACCAGUUGACCGAGAAGAUCGACAAGACUGGGCUGAAGGUUGUCAGGCUGUGUGCCAAGAGCAGGGAGGCCAUCGAGUCACCAGUGUCUUUUCUGGCUCUGCACAAUCAGAUCAGCAACAUGGACAGUAUGCCGGAGCUUCAGAAACUACAGCAGCUGAAGGAUGAGACCGGUGAGCUGUCGUCUGCUGAUGAGAAACGCUACAGGGCUUUGAAACGCACCGCUGAGAGGGAGCUGCUCAUGAAUGCCGAUGUGAUCUGCUGCACCUGUGUCGGGGCUGGAGACCCCCGCCUGGCCAAAAUGCAGUUCCGUUCCAUCCUGAUUGAUGAGAGCACCCAGGCCACGGAGCCAGAGUGUAUGGUGCCUGUGGUGUUGGGAGCCAAGCAGCUCAUUCUGGUGGGUGACCACUGCCAGUUGGGUCCUGUGGUGAUGUGUAAGAAGGCAGCUAAGGCAGGUCUGUCCCAGUCCCUGUUUGAACGCUUGGUGGUUCUGGGGAUCCGGCCAAUCCGCCUGCAGGUCCAGUACCGUAUGCACCCGGCUCUCAGUGCCUUCCCCUCCAACAUCUUCUAUGAGGGCUCCCUGCAGAAUGGUGUCACUGCAGCUGACCGCAUUAAGAAAGGCUUUGACUUCCAGUGGCCACAGCCGGACAAACCCAUGUUCUUCUAUGUGACUCAGGGCCAGGAGGAGAUUGCCAGCUCUGGAACUUCUUACCUCAACAGGACGGAGGCUGCCAACGUAGAGAAGAUCACCACCAGGCUGCUGAAAGCUGGAGCCAAACCCGACCAAAUCGGUAUCAUCACCCCGUACGAGGGUCAGCGCUCUUACCUGGUCCAGUACAUGCAGUUCAGCGGCUCCCUGCACACCAAGCUCUAUCAGCAAGUGGAAAUUGCCAGUGUGGACGCUUUCCAGGGCAGAGAAAAGGACUUCAUCAUCCUUUCUUGUGUUCGUGCCAACGAGCAUCAGGGCAUCGGCUUCCUGAAUGACCCUCGUCGUCUCAACGUGGCACUGACCAGAGCCAAGUAUGGCGUGAUCAUCGUGGGGAACCCCAAGGCCCUCUCUAAGCAACCGCUGUGGAACAACCUGCUGAACAACUACAAGGAGCAGAAGGUCCUGGUGGAGGGGCCCCUCAACAACCUAAGGGAGAGUCUCAUGCAGUUCAGCAAGCCCCGCAAGUUGGUCAACACCAUCAACCCUGGGGGACGUUUUAUGAGUACUGCGAUGUACGAUGCCCGUGAGGCCCUCAUCCCUGGCUCUGCCUAUGACCGCAGCAAUGCUGCUGGACGUCCAUCCAACAUGUACUUUCAAACUCAUGACCAGAUUGGGAUGAUUGGGGCAGGCCCCGGUCAUAUGGCGGCCAUGAAUAUCCCCAUACCUUUCAACCUGGUGAUGCCACCAAUGCCUCCGCCCAGUUACCUGGGUCAGACCAACGGUCCUGCUGCAGGUCGUGGUGCUAUGAAGGGUAAGCCUGGGCGUGGCGGGCGGCAGAGGGGCCGUGGCUCUGGAAACCAGGGUGCCAGUCAGGGUAACGGACCGAACAGCCAGGCGAGCCAGGAUGGAGCCUCUCAGUCCUUCUCCCAGGGGCCACUGACACAGGGCUACAUCUCCAUGAGCCAGCCCUCUCAGAUGAGCCAGCCUGGCCUCUCCCAGCCAGAACUCUCCCAGGACAGCUACCUGGGCGAUGAGUUCAAGUCCCAGAUCGACGUGGCUUUGUCCCAGGACUCGACUUACCAGGGUGAACGUGCAUACCAGCAUGGCGGGGUGACUGGACUGUCACAGUACUAAAGUGAUGCCUGAAGAAGGGAGCUAGGCUUGAGCUGAGCUUAGUUCAUCAGCUUUUUAAUCUGGGAAAUAAUAAAAACAUAAAAUGGAUACCUGUUUUCCUCUGCUACAACCGAAGCACCACCGAGUGAAAGCGACGGGAUAGCGAAACCAAACCAAUGACCAGCGAGAGAAAUAAAAGGGUAGAAGAAGAAGAGGGCACGAACAGAUGGGCAGGGAGAUGGCAAGAGAGGCCGAGUGAACAAGCGAGAGGCAGGGACCGAUGCCCGUGCAAAGUGAAGGAGGGAAGUCGAGACGAUGGCGGCGUGUGGUCGAGCUGCCGAGGGAAACAGGAGAGAUCCGAGCGGUCUCUCGUGGGAAUCCAAAUGAGGCUCAACUCCCAACAAAAUAAUCCACCCAACCCACUUCACCUCACCGCCCCCAGGAAAGCAUGGAGAGCUCCUGAAGUUUUUACACUCAACUUAAGAGGAGGAUCGAAGCCUUCCAGCUGAAUUUAAAGAACUAGCUCUCCAAACCUGGACGGACAUGGUUGCAGAAAGCCUUCAAACACAGGCAACACAGAAUCCCCACGCUAUUGGUUGUUCAACCUGUAUGACGUCCCGGGCUUUUUUGAAUUAGGUUUAUCAUGGGAGGAGAGCGGCACCAACAAUCAUUUACUGGGCCCAAAAACCUCAGCAGCCUCUGAAAGAAGCAGCAGUCGACACACCCUCCCAGAGAGGAAAUACAAACACGGUUUCUGUGCUUGAGUCUGAUAUUAAAGAGCCUUGAAUUGAAAUACCUUUCAUUUGCCUUGAGAACCACUGGCUCAUUCACAAGGUCUUUUAAUGGGCUGGUUUCGACCACACGUCAGUGGUGGAGUGGCACAGGGAUUUCAGACUGUUUUUUCAAGGCAUGAGGCGCGAAUCCCACCGAUAUCGUGAUCAUCGUGGGACAGUUUUUCUUCUCUGAAGUACCUUUCUUAUCACAGAGCACAAAAUUGCAAAAAAGUCAUUGAAACUAUCAAACAUGACCAGCAUUGAAUAUCAAACUCAGUGUCAUUUGAAGUUUCAGCAAAGGCUUUUCCUUAUUUUAAUCUUUUGAAAGCAGGGGUUGUUGAUGACCGGCUGUGCUUCAUGACCAGAUGUCUUUUUUUUUUUUUUUUUUUUUUUUUUAAACACUCUGUGUAUGCUUAGAUUGGCAAAUGCUUGAAUGCUUUGCAUUGAGCGAUUCCUCAGGGGAUUGUGGACUGUCCACACUCAUCACACAAAUCCCUGCUUGAGGUGAAAGAAACCAAACAAGAGGGGGAAAGGAGGAUCAUAGCUGUCGAGGCUUACAGGCGAUUGUGGCAAUCAAUCCACCACCAGGUAAGGAGUAGAAAAGGAAGGUGGCUGAGGAAGAGAAGGAUUUGAGAGUUUCCACAUCUGGAAAACAAGUUCAAGUCAUUACAAGGGUUAAAAUGUUAGAGGGAUACAUGUGGCUUGAGGACUUUUCAGCCACAGAUUUGACUCUCUGUCAUUUCACACAGAGCAUUUUGAUAUUGUGAAUGUUCCCUGACUGUAUAGCCAUGCUGAUGGCCAUAUUACCCUGCCACACAGAGCCGUGUCUGAGCAGUGACCAAAAUCUGAUAAUCACAGGUUGGAAAAAUUCUGACUAUGAAGGAAAUCUGUCCCAAACUCUUAACUACACCUGUAAUUUCAAAAUCUUUGUUAUCUGAAAUAAUGCUUUGUGUGGAUUAAAAUGCCACUUUAUCCCAGUUACACCACAGUGGAAAUGCCAUCAGUACUGAUAAGAUGAUGGCAAGGAGAUACAUGGAAAGUGAAUGAGAAACCUGAAUCAGUGCCUAGAACCAAUAACCUUCAGAUAAACAGCUGCAGAAUAAGCAUGAAUGUAGUUGAAAUCAAACUACCAGCAUAUAAAAACCUUCUGGACACCAGAGGGCUCAAGAAACCCACAGAAAAAGGAUUGUUUUGUUUUUUUGUUUUUUGUUUUUUUAUAAAAAUCAGGCCAGGUAAUGAUGAGGUCAGUGAGUUUUGCAGCUAGGUUGUGUAAAGGAUGGGCUGAUGAAAAAAGCCACCUUCCUUCUCUGUGGAGUAAAACAAAUGGAGGCUGGUAGACUUUCUUACGUGGACUUCUGAUUUGUAUAAAGCUGUUUUGCCCUUAUUAUGUAUUCUUUGUAGAGUUCCUCUCAAGAUUUAUUCAGCUCCUAAUCCCCCUUCCUGGAGAACUGUGAACCAGAACCCUGAGUUGAUCCAAACUUUGCUUUUGUCAGAUGAUUUGCAGCUUUGUGCGUCAUUCUGUAGCCAUUCUGUGCAGCUUUACUCAAAUCUGUUUUGUGUUUUUUUUGUAGCAACUUGCUGACAACAGGAAUGAGGCGUCCGCCAUUUCCUUUCAUUAGAGUUUUGUAUCUUCUCCUCAAUUUGUCCAAGGAAUUGUAGUUUUGUAAACUCUUCCAGGAAAGAUGCUUUCUGAACAGUAAGAAUGUACUCCACCGCUGUUUCUCAUUUCAGCAGACGUGCGAGUAGACGUCACCAUGUUUGACUUAGAGAUAGUUGUUUUGCUGACGUGUAAAUCUUUCAUUUGUGCGGUGAACUACACAUACCAACCCGUUCCACUGAACUCCUCUGACAUGUUAUAGCUUUAAAAACCUGCUGCCGUAAUGUUGUUGCUUUGAUGUUUUUCCAUCUACUGAGCCACAAUUAAUUGCCACAUGUGCAGUGAUCAUUGAAGACGUGUUUCAGUUGUAGAUUAGCUGUUAAACAUUUGCAUCCAAACCCUUGAUUCUCUACAUCAGCAGGCAGAGAUUAAAUUAAUGGACUAGAGAUCUCAGUGUGAUGUAAAUACCUAUUUCAAACAAUCUUAUUUGCAGUGAAGUUUCAUCACAUGUUGAUUCCCUUGUUAAACUGAAUCAAUAAAGGCUGUCAACUUGA